AGGGAAGAACGAAAAACUAAUUUUCUUAAACAUCUGAAUAGCGCUAUGUCUAAACAAGAAAAACGGAGACAUUUCCGACAACCACAUUUCUUGUCAAACAAGAUUCCCUCUGAAAAUAAGCAGGAAUUUGAAGAACUGCGAACAGAUAUUCUUCGCAAGGCAAAAGCUCUAUCUAAUUGGGAGGAAAAUCUCCCAAUCCGAUGGAUAGUUCUUGAAAAAGAAAUGUACCGUAAACAAACAGAAACAACCAUUUUGUUUAGUGAAGCUGAAGGAGAAACACCAAGAUAUAAAAACAAAAAAGUUAUAUUGUAUACUGAAGCUCAAUGCCUAGCUACUGAGUGUUCUUUUCCUCAUGUUCAAAAAGAAAUGUCUGAACUAGACUCUUUUCUCAAGUAUGAACAUGAGAUUGGUAAUAUCAUAUUUUUCAAAGAAGUAAGAGAAUAUAUUGUAUUAGAUCCGGAAUGGCUGGUAGACGUUUUCAGAUGUUUCGUAUCACAUGAUUAUAAUGGCGAGGCAUUGGGUAUGCCAGAAUGGGCAGUACUUGACGAAACAGGCAAAUUAGAAGAUGCAUUAAUAGAAAAAUUACUUAAAAAAGUACCGAGUCUGAUAUUGACAAAGCAUAAACAAUAUUUAUUAAAACUUAUGGAAGAAUUUGGCAUCAUUGUAAAACCGAAAAAUGAAGACUAUAGAAAUGACAUAUAUAUGCCAUGCAUGAUCAAACCUAGGCCAUUUCAGGAAAUUUUAAGAAACGUUGAUGAUGAAUCCAAACAUUGGAAAAAGUCCUCAUGGUUCUCUCUCGUGUUCAACUUUUUACCACCGUCAUAUUUUAAUCAUAUUUUAGUUAGCUUUGUGAAAAACCAACAGCUAUAUCAUAAUAAAAAUGAUAGUAACUUAAGUAUAUAUCGCAAUAUUGGAAUAUUUCAGCUUAAUGAUACCGGUAGUGAAAUACUUGUCAUUUGCCUCUCAAAAAAUUUAAUUGCUAUGCAAGUAAGACAGUUGAAAAGUGACGAUGUUUGUUAUAGUUACGUAAAGGACAAACUGAUAAAUCUGGUUGAUUUAAUUAAACAAAGAUAUCGUAUCAAUGUUACUUAUGAAAUAAAAUUUAAAUGUCCAGGUGGAAGUCUUUCAGAUAAUGGGGGAAUUAGUUAUGAUGAAGCAAUGGAAAAAAGUGAAUACCGAUGUACAGAUCAUAAUGAAAUGCACUUAUGCAAAGAUGUCUACAGAUCCUGGUUGAAGGAAGAAGAGGUUGAAGAUGAACUCAAAAGGUUUGUUAUAAAUCAUGUCAGUACUGAAUUACUGACUACUGAUGAGGUGAUGAAACAAUCGGGGACUGGUGGUCCAACAGCAGAGGUAUCGACCAAGAGCUGUGGAAAAUUCAAUACAACACAUUUAUAA